CCGUGCGUUGCCCUAGACUUGUAAUUCCAGCAGCAAGCCGCCGUCCUCCUUCACCUCCUUAAAUCCCCCUUUACCCUCCUCUCCAGUUCUCGCUCGGCGACUGAUCGAACUCUCUUGUGGGGAUAACCACAGAGGCCGCCCUCUCCACUCAAGAUGGGGAAGACUCGUGGUAUGGGAGCUGCCCGUAAGCUGAAGACCCACAGAAGGAACCAGAGGUGGGCUGACAAAGCAUAUAAGAAAAGUCACCUUGGUAAUGAAUGGAAGAAGCCUUUUGCUGGCUCUUCUCAUGCCAAAGGGAUUGUUUUGGAGAAAAUAGGCAUUGAGGCGAAGCAGCCAAAUUCUGCCAUCCGGAAGUGUGCUCGAGUUCAGUUGAUUAAAAAUGGGAAGAAGAUUGCUGCCUUUGUCCCCAAUGAUGGUUGCUUAAAUUACAUUGAGGAAAAUGAUGAAGUGCUCAUUGCAGGAUUUGGUCGUAAGGGGCAUGCAGUUGGAGAUAUUCCUGGAGUCAGGUUUAAGGUUGUUAAGGUCUCAGGUGUGUCUCUGUUGGCUCUCUUCAAGGAGAAGAAGGAGAAACCUAGAUCUUAGGUUACCGGGUCUUGACUAUUGACUACACAUGCAAGGUGCUAGACGAUUUUGGAGAAUCAUUUGUUGCUUUAUUCUUUGUUAUUGGAGGCAGUGAUGUUUUUUGAUCUUGAUAAUUGCAUUGUUAAAGAGAAUUUUUGAGCUCUUAGGUUUCUUGUAAUCAAAGUGAGAUUUUGAACCCAUCAUGAUGUUUUGCUAAGCCACGAUUUUACGCUUCUUGAUUCAAAUAGGCCUCUUAUAGUGUUCCAA